AAGAGGGUUGUUUUAGGGAGGUUUAAUUUCGAAGUUAGAGCAGAGCAAUGACAUACCUGCUUCGCCCGGCACUGAUAGCAUUACCAUGGCCGUGUCCUUGGCGGCAUCACAUCCCCACAACCUCAACCAAAACCACAAUCACCCCAAUCGUGACACGUGGCGGUGUCCUCUCAGGCAAGGCUGUUGUUGGUUCGACAAUAAGGUGUAUGGCGAAUCCGAGGAGAGUGAAAAUGGUGGGGAAGCAAAUAAUGAGAGAGCUUUCUGAUAUGCUCCUAACUGACAAAGUCUUGCAGUAUGCUGUUCUUCCCGAAGCUUCCUUAGGAGCUGACCGUUACCUCUCUUCCCUCACCACUAUCACCGACGUCCAAGUCUCCGCCGAUUUGCAGGUGGUUAAGGUUUAUGUAUCUGUUUUUGGAGAUGAAAGAGGGAAGGAAGUAGCCCUUGCUGGAUUGAAGUCAAAGGUUAAAUAUGUUCGCAGUGAGUUGGGGAGACGUAUGAAGUUGCGGUUAACUCCAGAGAUACGCUUUAUAGAGGAUGAGUCUUUCGAGAGAGGAAGCAGGGUGAUUGCAAUAUUAGAUAAAAUAAAGGAUGAAAAGAGCACUGAGGGUCAAAACAAGGUGCAGUUGGAUUCAUCAGCACAUGAAGACGAGGAGGAUCGGGGUGGUGAAGACCCUGAUGAAGGUAUCAUUUUUGUGGAAUAGCUGCCUCCCAGUGCAUCAGUACUAUACCUCUCUGAUAUGGACAGACCUUUCACUGUUGGUAGUGCAGGGAAACACUUCUUGAAAAUGCUUGUCUGGAAAGAUGCUGUUCUUGCUGGUGAGUGAUGACAUUAUCUGAAAAUGAAGCCUGACCUUCUAAUGUCAACAGAUUCGCCCCAAGUGACUUUAGACCAAUUUUGGGGUUCUCUCUCUCUCUCUAUAUAUAUAUAUAGCAUAAACCAAUGUGUCUGUACACACAAGGACUUAUGUAAAUUGAUUUUCCUUUCUUUGUUUAUAAGUGGAAUUUGUAGUGUUUACUGUUGCAAUCCGGAUUUAGGGGUCUUGACAAGUUACAUAUUAACAACAUUCAUGUACAUCUGAAUGUGAUAUUUCUGUGCUCUUUCUUUUUACCUUAAGUUCGAUUCACUUA